AUGCAUGCGAGUACCAUUCAAUAUUUAUAUGUACAUGAAUUUACAUAUAAUUUAAAAAAUAUGUUUGUGUUGGUUUAGUAUAAUAUAAAAAACACAUAACCGAAUAGUAUUUUGAUGAGGAUGAUUAAGUGUAAUGAAAGACUUCAUUUCUUUUGUGAAAAUGUUUUCAUAAAAUCUUUUAUAACUUAAUUUAAAAUCUUUUAUGCAUGGCGUAUUUCGUGGUUUUGAUAUUGAGAAAUGACAAUUGUAGUGUUGCAGUCACCGUUCAACUCUUCUUUAGUAUUGACCACACAAAAUGUGAAUGACAUAGAACGUCCUGUUGGUAUUGUACCACAACGCACAUUGCCUGCCAUUCAUGAUGUUCCCUCACAAACCAACGUUGAUGAAGGUAUAAUCAGCAGCGAAUAUUGGGACAUUGGUGAUCUCAGUUAUGAUUGUGAACACUGUGGGGCACUGUUUUGGUAUGAUGAAAGAUUGCUGCGAAGUUCUACUAUAGGAAGCACUAAGUAUUCUCUAUGAUGUGGGCAAGGGAAGAUAAAACUAGCACCUCAGAAAGAGCCUCCAAAAGAAUUGUGUGAUUUGAUAAAUGGCACAGAUCAAAAAUCCAAACACUUUCAAGAAAAUAUUCGAUCAUAUAAUAGCAUGUUUUCUUUCACAUCAAUGGGUGGAAGGGUUGAUCAAACAAUCAACAUUGGUGGCUCACCUCCAGUUUUUAAACUUAGUGGUCAAAACUAUCAUUUGAUUGGGAGUUUGUUGCCUGUGGAAGGAAAUGUCCCCAAAUUUGCGCAAUUGUAUAUCUAUGACACUCAACAUGAGGACGUUAAUCGCCUCACCUCGGUGGGGGAUGAGAAACGAAAGAAGAAAUUGCAUGUUGAUAUUGUUUCUACCCUAAGGCAAAUGUUGGAUCAACAUAACGUUUUAGUUAAGUCUUUUAGGAUGGCUAGAGACAAGAUUGCGGAAUGUGGACAUUCCAAUGUUUACUUGAAGUUAAUUGGGCGGAGAAGUAGAGAUGCUAGAACAUACAAUUUGCCCACGGUGUCUGAAGUGGCGGCUUUGAUAGUUGGUGACUUCGAUGAAUCUUUGGGGCAGAGGGACAUAAUGGUCGAAACUCAAGGGGGUGUUUUGAAACGAAUCAAUGAGUUGAAUCCUGCUUAUUUGGGGCUACAGUAUCCACUUCUGUUUCCUUAUGGUGAAGAUGGGUAUAGAGAGGAUAUAAGUUUUUCAGAUUCUAAUAAUAAAAGUACUAAAGGUCGCCGAAGUGUUAGCGUGCGGGAAUUCCUUGCAUAUCGAUUACAUGAUCGUGGGGUUGAGAAUUCGUUUAUCCUCAAAGCCCGGAGAUUGUUUCAACAAUUUGUGGUAGAUGGAUACACAAUGGUUGAAUCAUCUAGACUAACUUAUAUAAGAUUGAAUCAGAAGCAAUUAAGAUGUGCCAUGUAUAAAGGUCUGUCCGAGGCAUUAUUGAGUGGUGAACGAGAUGCUUCUACCCAAGGAAAGAGAAUAGUGUUACCAUCGACAUUUGUUGGAGGAGCAAGAUACAUGGUUCAAAACUAUCAAGAUGCAAUGGCCAUAUGUCGAUGGGCUGGAUAUCCAGAUCUUUUCUUGACUUUCACUUGCAAUCCAAAAUGGCCAGAAAUUGUUAGAUUCCUUUCUGAAAGGAAUUUAAAUCCUGAAGAUCGCCCUGAUAUAAUAUGCAGAGUCUUCAAGAUGAAGUUAGAUGGAUUGAUCAAAGAUCUCCGGCUAAACAAGAUAUUUGGUGAUGUUCGAGCAGUUGUCUACACUAUUGAGUUCCAGAAACGUGGCCUCCCACAUGCCCAUAUAUUGUUGUUCAUGGGAAAUGCAGACAAAUUUACAGCUCCUGCAGAUAUAGAUCGCAUUAUAUCAGCCGAAAUACCUGACGAGUCAAGUGAUCCUGAUUAUUUCAAUGCUGUAAAAAUGCAUAUGAUGCAUGGCCCGUGUGGGAGAGAUGCAAAAAACGCACCAUGCAUGGUCCAGUCUAAAUGUUCUAAGCACUUUCCGAAGAAUUUCAAUGCGCAUACUAACAUUGACGAAGAUGGUUAUCCCAAGUACAUGAGGCGGGAUGAUGGGAAGGAGAUUGUGAAGAACACUAUACCACUUGACAACAGACAUGUUGUUCCACAUAAUAGGUAUUUGUUGAUGAAGUAUGGGGCUCUUCUUAAUGUCGAGUGGUGUAAUCAAUCAAGGUCUAUCAAGUAUCUUUUCAAAUAUGUGAAUAAAGGUAAUGAUCGUGUCACAGCUGCAUUUUAUGAGACCACGAAUAAGGAUGGCUCGGAAAAACCCGUGGAUGAGAUUAAAUUGUACUAUGAUUGCCGAUACGUUUCACCAUGUGAGGCUAUGUGGCGUAUUUUAGGGUUUGAGAUACAAUAUAAGAAUCCAUCAGUUGAGCGUUUGAGCUUUCAUUUUCCCGAUGAGCAAUAUGUAUAUUUUGAUGACGAGGAUGCAAUGACAGAUGUUGUACAACGUGAAUCUGUUAAACAAAACAUGUUUCUGGCGUGGAUGAAGGCCAAUGAGCAGUAUGCGGAGGCAAAAAAAUUAACUUAUGCCGAAUUCCCUCAAAAGUUUGUUUGGAAGCCAAAAACAAGGGAAUUUGUUCCUCGACAAAGGGGUUUUGCUUUGGGUCGUGUGGCAUAUGUACCUCCAGGAUCAGGAGAAUCUUAUUAUUUGCGAUGUAUCCUCAAUUUAAAGCGUGGUGCUACGUCUUUCGCCGACUUACGAACUGUUGACGAGGUUUGUUAUGAAACGUAUCGUGACACGUGUUACGCAUUGGGUUUGUUGGACGAUGAUCGAGAGUACGUCGAAGGUUUUACGGAAAGCAGUUUUUGGGCUUCUGCUUGGGGACUUAGAGUUCUAUUUGUAAUAUUGCUACUGGCAGAUACAAUGAGUAGACCUGAAUACGUUUGGGACAAAUGUUGGAAUUUUAUGUCUGAUGACAUUCUUCAUAGACAACGACGAGCUUUGCUACACCCAGACUUAACGUUGACAGAAGAAGAAAUCAAGAAUUAUGCAUUGGUCGAAAUAGAGACAAUGUUAAGAACUCGCGGAAAAAGCCUAAGGGACUACCCAUCAAUGCCAUUCCCCAAUUGCAGUAACGCAACCAUGUUUCAGAAUAGACUUAUUUAUGACGAGUUGCAAUAUGAUAAUGCCGAAAUGCGGGAACAACAUGACAAAUGCAUGCAGAGUUUGAAUGAGCAGCAAAGUGAGGUGUACAAGACUAUUAUGGAAUCUAUUGAAGGGAACAAUGGUGGAGUGUUCUUUGUAUAUGGGUACGGGGGUACAGGCAAAACGUUUAUUUGGAAAACGUUGUCAGCGGCUCUAAGGUCAAAAGGUGAAAUAGUUUUAAACGUUGCUUCAAGUGGAAUUGCUUCAUUGUUAUUGCCCGGUGGAAGAACUGCUCACUCACGUUUUGCGAUACCAAUCAACCCAACUGAGCAUUCCACAUGCAACAUCAAGCAGGGCAGCCCAUUAGCCCAAUUGAUUAUUAGGUCUAAACUUAUUAUUUGGGAUGAGGCACCGAUGACGCAUAAAUAUUGUUUUGAAGCUUUGGACAGAAGUUUGCGUGACAUUCUGAGGGUUGUUGAUCCUCUUAACACUGAUAAGCCAUUUGGAGGGAAGACUAUAGUCUUUGGAGGAGACUUCAGACAAAUCUUACCGGUGAUUACCAAAGGUACAAGACAAGACAUAGUUAAUGCCACAAUUAAUUCUUCAUACAUAUGGCAUGACUGCAUGGUUUUACGCUUGACGAAAAACAUGAGACUGCAAUCGUUGAGUGGCGAUCGUGAUUAUGCUGACUUGGUUGAGUUUGCUGAGUGGAUAGCGAGUUUGGGAGAUGGAACGGCAGGUGGUCAAAAUGAUGGUUGUGCUGAUAUCAAAAUACCAAGUGACAUUUUGCUCCAAAGUGAUGAAGACCCUAUUGCCACAAUUGUGCGCAGUACGUAUCCUGAUUUUGAAGCGAUGCCGACUGACCCCUCAUUCCUAAAAGAACGUGCUAUUUUGGCCCCAACGCUUGAUGUUGUUGACUCAAUUAAUGAGUACAUGACUGCAUUGAAUGUAACAGAGGAGUCCAGGACAUAUUUGAGUUCUGACAGCAUUUGCAAAUCGGACUCAAAUUCUGAUUUUUUGGCUGAUUUGCAUACACCGGAAUUCUUGAAUAAGAUACGUGCAUCCGGUGUUCCAAAUCAUGAGUUGACUCUCAAGGUUGGUACUCCAGUUAUGCUUCUUAGGAACAUUGAUCAUUCAAUGGGCUUAUGCAAUGGCACGAGGUUGAUUAUUACAAGGCUUGGAAAUCAUGUUCUUGGAGCUACAAUUUUAGGAGGUAAAUUUGAUGGUCAAGAAGUAGUCAUACCGAGAUUGACACUAACACCAUCUGAUGCAAGAAUUCCAUUCAAGUUCCAAAGAAGACAGUUUCCCAUCAUGACCUCUUAUGCGAUGACAAUAAAUAAGAGUCAGGGUCAAUCUCUAACGCAUGUUGGACUUUUACUGAAAAAACCAGUCUUCACUCAUGGUCAACUAUACGUUGCAGCGUCUAGAGUUACAAACCGCAAAGGCUUGAAAAUAUUGAUUUGUGAUGAGGAUGGCAAACAGAUCGACCAUACUACAAAUGUUGUUUACAAAGAGGUCUUUCAGAAUUUGUAGUAUCGCUGUAUCUUGGAGCUUCUACAAUUUUUCUG